GCGCGGAGGGAUCUCGAGCACGGACUACACCCAAGGCGCUGUCUCGAUUCACAUCGGCUUUCUCUUCCCUGCCCCCCCCCCAAUAAGGCAGACCUCGGCGGCGACGCAGCUCAGCGCUUUUCGGAGAGGCGAGGCUCGCAGUCGGGUUCUUCAAACAAACAGAAAAACCCUCUUCAACCACAAAUCCAUCCAAAGAGACACUCUAAAGCGUCGUAAUAGUUUGUUUUUUGCCUCCGUUUACAAAUUGCAGCAGAACAUGUCUUGGCAAAGCUACGUGGAUAACCUGAUGGCCGACGGCUGCUGCCAGGAUGCCGCCAUUGUCGGUUACACGGACGCCAAAUACGUUUGGGCAUCGUCAGAAGGGGGCACUUUUAGCGGUAUAACGCCUGAGGAAAUCGAUGUCCUGGUCGGCAAGGACCGGGAGGGCUUCUUCACCAACGGGAUGACCCUAGGGAAAAAGAAGUGCUCUGUGAUCAGAGACAGCCUGACAAUCGAAGGAGACUGGACUAUGGACAUCAGGACGAAGAGUCAUGGUGGCGAGCCGACGUACAACGUUUCCGUAGGCAGAGCUGGCAAAGUAAUUGUUUUAGUCAUGGGAAAGGAAGGUACCCACGGAGGAGGUCUCAACAAGAAAGCAUUUGCCAUGGCUGAAUACCUGAGGAAAGUUGGAUACUGAAGCAGCCCCUUUCCAUCCAUCCACACAGCCGCUCACUGUAACAUCCAAUCAUCCCUUUCUCCCACCUUUCUUUUCUUUCCCUGCUUUCACAGCACUACAGAUACCACGUGGAUGCAUUAUGUGCAGCCCCUUAUUAUUUUUGGAAUUUAUUUUUUUUAUUUUUUUUAAACAUGCACCCUUUUCUCCUUCUUUAUCUUGUUUAGCAUACCUAUACCAUUCCCUGUCCCCUCAUCCUUAUAGUGCCACAAAAAGCAUGUUCAUUUUAUGAAGGCUUAAAACAAACAAAAACCGUACUGUAGAUGAAGCAUUUAAGACAAUUGGACUCUCCCUCAAAUUCACAUUAACUGAAUGGUCACUGUCCAGUUUUCCUGAGGCGCUUAUCUUAGUGGUCCAUCAAUGCCCCUCGAGUGCUUUGAACUUUGCUGAGCUGUCGGUCUUCCCUAGUGAUUUUCUUUCUUUCCAGCAUGGCCAGGAGGGUUUAAACAAAAAAAGUGCAUGUAUAUCUCUUUUAGCUCAAUAUCAAAUACCCAACUACCGUAUAUACACUACCAGUGUCCAACAACUAAAACCUAGUAAUACAUUAAAUAUCCCCCCUCUUUUUUUUUUUUUUGCCCUCGUAACUCUUUAUUCAAACAGAAAAAUUACAACAUCCAAUGCUUUUACUGUUGUAACUGGAUGUGGUGUUGUGAGUCCAUGAUGUAAUGUUGGCAGUUUUUUUUUUUUUUUUUUUUCUUUUCUGUUCAUGAAUGUGAUGGCAGAUCAGCAUAUACAAGGUCUAGGUUUAAAACACUAAAAUCGCUUCUGGACUCUAAGCACAUUCCACCGCUAAUCUAUCUAUCUACCAGCUAGUUUCUUUUUUCUUUUUUUUCUUCUCUUUUUAAAGCAAUGCCCUUCUGAUGUAACUCUGGUUUGGUGUCCAUUCAUAUAUUGGGUAUAUUUCUUUCCUUCUCUCAAGUAGGACCAAUUUUUUUUUUCCCUGCAUUUUGGUGGAUUUAACUGACUACACAAAGGAUUGACUGCUAGCAUCAUCUGUUUGUGGAACACUAAAUUAAAAACUAAAUAAAAAUUCAGAUGCACAUUGUAACACUAACUUCUUGACUAUUCACUAGUAAUGUUGUCCAUGUUUUGGGGAGGGAUCAUGAAGCUCUAAUGGUAACUACCUUUGUUUCCUCCUCACAAUGAAUGUCUUGAAUAGAUGAAAUGGCAGUCUUAUUGCUGACUUUAAAUCUUUGGUUUUUUUUUUUUGUCUGUAAUCUGUCCCUUUUCAGUCAUUUGUGCUUUAUUCAACUGCGAUGUAUCAACUUGUAAUAGCACGGUACAAAUAUUUCAUUAAAUAGGCAAAAAAAAAGCACUGAAAUAACUGUGUACACUAAAUUUUCUGGGUUAUGGUGGUAUUAGUUAAAGAAGGAAAAAAGACCACUAGUCAAGUUGUAUUAACUUUAAAUAAAGAGAGAAAAAAAACGCAGUGUAUCCUGUGCCAUAAUGUAGAUCUGAUCUGUUGUUACUGUGAGAUGGAUUUUAAAAACUGCUGCCUUGUAAAGAGUCAAUUCUUGAAUGGCACCUUCUUUGGGAUAUCUGACCAAUUAAAGGAAAAAAAAAAAGAAAAAAAAGAAAUUUCAAACUCUCCAGGGCUUGUGGAAUAUGUACAGAUUAAAGUGAAACAUGUCAACAA